AUGGAAACAGAUAACCAGACAUGGGUGAGAGAAUUUAUUCUCCUCGGCCUGUCCAGUGACUUGUAUGUGCAGGUCUUUCUCUUUGUUUUAUUCUUAGUCAUGUACUUGGUGACAGUGCUGGGAAACUUCCUUAUUGUUGCUCUGAUCUGCCUGGACAGCAGACUCCACACUCCCAUGUACUUCUUUCUCACCAACCUCUCCCUUGUUGAUGUCUCUUAUGCCACAAGCAUCAUUCCUCAGAUGUUAGUGCAUCUUCUUGCAGAACAUAAAGCAAUCCCAUUUGUGAGCUGUGCAGCCCAGUUAUUUUUCUCUCUAGGCUGGGGUGGGAUUGAGUUUGUUCUACUGGCAGUGAUGGCCUACGACCGCUAUGUGGCUGUGUGCGACCCCCUGCGAUACUCGGUCAUCAUGCAUGGAGGGCUCUGUACUAGGUUGGCCAUCACAUCCUGGGUCAGUGGUUCCCUCAACUCUCUCAUUCAUACUGCCAUCACCUUUCAGCUGCCCAUGUGCGCAAACAAGUAUAUUGAUCACAUAUCAUGUGAAAUCCUAGCUGUGGUCAGACUGGCCUGUGUGGACACCUCCUCCAAUGAGAUCAUAAUCAUGGUUUCUAGCAUCGUUCUCCUGAUGACACCCUUCUGCCUGGUCCUCUUGUCCUACAUCCAGAUCAUCUCCACCAUCCUGAAGAUCCAGUCCACAGAGGGAAGAAAGAAAGCCUUCCACACCUGUGCGUCUCACCUCACAGUGGUCGUCUUGUGCUAUGGCAUGGCCAUUUUCACUUACAUCCAGCCCCGCUCCAGCCCCUCUAUUCUUCAGGAGAAGUUGAUCUCUCUCUUCUAUGCCGUUUUGACACCCAUGUUGAACCCUAUGAUUUAUAGUGUAAGGAAUAAGGAGGUGAAGGGGGCCUGGCAGAAACUACUAGGGCAGUUAUCUGGAUUAACAUCAAAACUGGCAACUUGAUGAAUCCUGAGCAUUAGUUAGAGAAAGGAGCUUUGCCUGUGAGUUCUUUCACUUAACUCAGAUAUGGCAGGCAUCACCUGCAUUGUCCUAGCAACCAGGAAGGAGAUGCUGACACAUGUCCUGGUGAUGCUAGGUAGGAGGUUGAGUGGUUGGGUUGGGGUGUGGGCUGUGGGUAUAUUUUUAUGUCACAGCAGCGUGUUCAGUGGAGUAGAGGAGUGAACUUCUCACCCUUACUCAGCUUUCAUUCAUAUGCAGUAAUUGAGACAAUAGCAUUUACCAUUUACAAUUACUGAGAGUAAUUGAAGACAAUGCAAUUUACUGUUUUGAUUAGUCACAUUGUGAUCAGUGACCUAUUCAU